AUGAAGAUCGUUACCUGGAACAUAAACGGUAUAAGAACAUUUAAAUUGGGCAUUAAAAGGGCUCUGGAUUCUCUAGACGCGGAUGUUAUUUGUGUUCAGGAGACAAAAGUGACAAGAGACCUGCUUGAUGAAAGAACUGCAAUCGUUGACGGAUACAACUCUUAUUUUAGCUACAGUCGGAGUCGCAGCGGCUAUUCAGGGGUUGCCACUUACUGUAAGGACAAUGCCACACCAUUUGCUGCUGAAGAGGGUCUCACCGGUCUGCUGACCAACCAUGAAGCUGCUGUGGGAUGCUAUGGGGACCUCGCCGAGUUUUCAAGUGAGGAGCUGCAGCUUUUGGACAAUGAAGGGCGAGCCGUGAUCACACAGCACAAAGUCAUGUGUCAGGACAAAGAGAAAACCAUUGCUGUUAUUAAUGUGUACUGUCCUCGGGCCGACCCCGAAAAGCCAGAGCGAAAGCAGUUCAAGCUUCAGUUCUACAAGCUGCUUCAGUCUCGGGCCGAAGCCAUACUUAAGGAUGGGAGCCAUGUGAUCGUUUUAGGCGAUGUAAAUACUUCUCAUCGGCCAAUAGACCACUGUGACCCCUGUGAUAUUGAUGAUUUUGAUGAAAACCCGGGUAGAAAAUGGCUCGACAGAUUUUUACACUCCAGUGGACGAGAACAAGACGACCGCGGAGAGCAGCCCGAUGCAGACUCCGAGGCGGUGGAUCCCGAUCCCCCCUCCUCUGGGAAAUUUGUAGACACCUUUCGCUAUUUCCACCCAGCUCGCGCUAACGCCUUCACGUGCUGGUCCACCCUCACCGGAGCGCGUCAGACGAACUACGGCACCCGCAUCGACUACAUAUUCGCGGACCACCGGCUGGCCAGGGAGCAGUUCGUGGGGGCGGACAUCAUGCCGGAGGUGGAGGGGUCAGACCACUGUCCUGUGUGGGGGAAGCUGAGCUGCUCUCCCCUCCCCAGCUCCAAGCCCCCCCCUCUCUGCACCCGCUACCUGCCCGAGUUUGCCGGGCGGCAGCAGAAACUCUCCCGCUUCCUCGUCAAAGUGGACCAAAAGCCAACCGGGUCUGAGCAAAAGGCCGCCUUGCCAGGAUCUCAAGAAGAAGAGGAAAGGAGGGAGAAUCUAAACCCGUUUGGAACCGAUGACAUCCCCGCUAAGAAACGCUCGUUGGCGUCCGACUCCGCCGCUCCCAAGGGGAAAAAGACCAAGACGGUGAAUACUUCUUUAAAGCCUCGGGGAAACCUGCUCUCCUUCUUCAAACCCAAACCCGCAGGGGUCCAGUCGAGUGGAAAGGCCAACGGUCUGGAUGAAGUCGCCUCGUCGCUCGGCGACCAAAAGGCAUCCGCAGCCAGGAGGCCAGCUGAAGAUACCCAGCUGGCUUUAGACGGUUCAUCCCAGCUGAGUACCAGCAGCACGGCCGAGGAAACAGACAAGGCGGCCAAGCCGAAGCAUGCAACCCUUCCGGCCGCUUCGGGCCAAUCGGACGCAGCCAAAGGGGGAGCGUUGGGGUUCUGGAAGUCGGUGCUCCGUGGUCCACCGCCUGCCCCCUGCUGUAAGGUCCACGGGGAGCCCUGUGUGCUCCGCACUGUGAAAAAGGAGGGGCCAAACAUGGGCAAACAGUUCUUUGUGUGCGCACGUCCUCAGGGACACGCCUCUAACCCCGAUGCUCGAUGUAACUUCUUCGCGUGGGUUGAGAGGGCCAAAUGACUUGUUUCUUUAAACUUUUUUUUCUUCAUGUAGCAUAUUUUAGUCUUUGUUAUGUCGCUUUUCUUUUAUUCAAUAAUAAAUGGU